GGGUGCCAAGUAAGGGGGGUCUCGAGGUGACCGGCGAGGUGGAAGUGCUGAGGUGGGCAGUGUCUUGAGCAGCUUAGUUGGGGCGAGGCAGCCCGUUGUGUGGUGACUCUCUGGUUGUCCUCUCUAGCGCUUGAACAUGGCUGGCGACGAAGACAAGAAGAAGAAGAAGAAGAGCAAAAAGGAGAAGGAGGAGAAGAAGGAGGCGCCGCCCCCCGAGCCUGAGCCUGAGCCCGUGCCCGAGCCUGAGCCCGUGGCGGAGCCCGAGCCCCAGGAGGAGGCGCCCCCCGAGGGUGACGCUCAAGAGCCUACUGGGGAGGAGGCGCCCCAGGAGGAGGUCCCCGCUCAGGAGGCCAUGCCCGAGGAGCUGCCCCCCGCACCCAAGAAGAAGCCCAAGUUCUUCGUCCACUGGAACAGGCGCAAACCCCGAUUCUACGACUACAACUGGGACUACGGUGACAACUACUACAGCAACCUCGUCAAAUACAUGGACGACCGCUCCGGAAUCAUGCGAGGCUCUGCCUUUUCAGACAUGCCCCGCCGCAUGGCCUUCGCCGAGCGAGGCAUCAGGAGCAACGUGGCGCGCCGUGCCACCCCUGACGUGCGCACCUCCACGCUGCUGGAUGACGUGCGCAAGUCCAUCAGGAACUUCGAGCUGUCCCAGAAAACGUACAUGAAGUAAAGCCUCGCCCCGCGCUGCCCGUCAUGCCCUGCUGCAGCCCCGCCGCCGCCGCCGCCACCACCACCACCACCCGCUGCGACGUGCCGCGGGACCGCCCACUCCCGCAGGGCAGGGCGGCCCGCCAGCAGGGUCGCGGCGCCCGCACCAGGGACAAGGACGCCGUCACUAGGGGCCACCACCACCACCAACACUACGACGGCCACCGUGCGUGGCCCGUGUCUAGUCAAGAGUUGCCACGCUCAUAACGUUUCUUUUCUUCUCUCUCGCUGACUCGUGUCUUUCUCUCCGCGUGUCCUUCUUCCAUCACGCCUUCUUCCCGCUUCCUCCUUCCCCCUGCUGUGUGCGUCCAGGCGCUGAAUGCGUGCGUGUAUGUGUGUGUGUGUGUGUGUGUGUGUGUGUGUGUGUGUGUGUGUGUGUGUGUGUGUGUGUGUGUGUGUGUGUACGUAUGUGAACGUGCGGUGUGUAGCUCAGCUCGCCCCAACUAGUGUGAGGGGCGGCGGGGAGACGCGCCCCCGGCACCCCAGCCCCGUGGGGCGCACCGCCUUGCCGCCCCGCCUGUCACCUCUUGCACCUGAUGGGGCGCGGGAAGGGGCCAGGGCGCCCCGGACCAGCGCCCGCGGCCCGCCGCAGAGCGGGGUCCGUCCGUCAGUGGCUCCGCGGCCCACGCCGCCCCCGCGCCCCCACACCCGCACCGCCAGUCAUCUCAUCUUGUCAACGACCGCCCGUCACGCGACGACGAGGUGCCACCAAUCAGAGAGAGGGGGCGCGCCCCCCUCACACCACGACGACAACUCGAUAUGUAAAGUGAAGGAGAACUUUCAUAAAAAAAACAUCACCACCAA